AUGUGGUGUCAGUGGGUCAAAUCCUAUUUAUUAAAGGGGAAGAGUUUCUGGAUAGUUAAGGUUCCUAAUGAUCCCUCUUGGGUGUGGAGAAAAUUAUUGUCUCUUAGGAAGUGGGUUUCCCCACUGAUUAAGCAUAAGAUUGGGUGUGGGGACACCACUUUCCUUUGGUUUGAUAAUUGGCAUCCCAUUGGUCCUCUUUGGAACAAAUUCGGGGAUAGAAUUAUUUAUGACUCUGCCCUUAACAGUGAUACAAAAGUCAGUAAAAUCAUUGAUGGGUCUUCUUGGAAGUGGCCUUUUCCCAAUUCUUGGGAAAUUCAGGAGCUAAUCUCCUCUACUCUUGUGUGUUUUCAUCCUAAUCCUUCCAGCACUGAUCAAGCUAUUUGGAAUCUUACCACUGAUGGUAAGUUUUCCAUUCAAUCAGCUUGGAAUCAUUGGAGAAAGAAAUUCGAUAUAGUGGUUUGGCAUAAGCUUGUGUGGGGCCCUCAUAGAAUCCCUAAAGUCAGCUUCAAUGUUUGGGUGGCUCUCCACAAUAGACUUUACACUGGUGAUAGACUCCGUAUGUUUGGCUUGUCCACUAGCUCUCAAUGCCCCUUUUGCCUCCACCUGGAGGAAAGCCACUCUCAUCUAUUCUUUGAAUGCAUCUUCUCUAGUAGAGUCUGGAGUGCCAUUGAAGUUGCUUGUAACAUUAAGUGGCCUGUCCUUGGCUGGCCUGAGAGUGUUACUUUUGUUUCUAAGGAGACUAAAGGUAACUCUUUGAGGGUGAAUAUCAUUAGUAAUGCAUUCUUGUGUUCUGUUUACAUGAUCUGGAUUGAUAGAAAUAACAGAAUUUUUAACACAGAGCUAAAACCUGACGAGGUGGUCAUUAAAAUUGUUAUCCAAAUGGUUAGAAAUAGAAUGCUGUCACUUAAGAAUAUUCCUAGAUCCAAUGGUGACAAAUGGUUUCUUGAUAAAUGGAGUUUGCCGGAGACAAUUCUGAAGCCCCAUAGCAUCAGAAAUGGGAGGGCUGCUGAGUGA